UCGAAGUAAAUAAUGGAAGUGGGAAGUGGGUAACGCCAUCAAAAUCCAUUGCAUCUAACCGUUAAUUAUGUUUAACGGAACUUAGUUUGCCAUAAUAUUGUUACAAAAAUAUGUACUCAGCCGUUUAAGGAGCUCAUUUUAUCCUUUCCGGUGUAGAGAUGGAGCUGAGAGUAGGAAACAAGUACCGUCUGGGACGGAAGAUCGGAAGUGGUUCGUUCGGAGACAUUUAUCUUGGUACGGACAUUUCAAAUGGUGAAGAGGUUGCCAUUAAAUUAGAAUGUGUGAAAACAAAACACCCACAGCUCCAUAUAGAGAGCAAGAUAUACCGAAUGAUGCAAGGAGGAGUGGGCAUUCCAACUAUAAAAUGGUGUGGAGCAGAAGGCGACUACAAUGUCAUGGUGAUGGAGCUUUUAGGUCCAAGUCUGGAGGAUCUCUUUAACUUCUGCUCGCGUAAAUUCAGUUUAAAGACAGUCUUGCUACUGGCAGAUCAGUUGAUAAGCAGAAUUGAGUAUAUUCAUUCUAAAAAUUUCAUUCACCGUGAUGUGAAACCAGACAAUUUUCUAAUGGGAUUAGGAAAGAAGGGAAAUCUUGUGUAUAUUAUUGACUUUGGAUUGGCCAAAAAGUAUCGUGAUGCCAGAACACAUCAACAUAUACCCUAUCGGGAAAACAAGAAUCUCACCGGCACAGCUAGAUAUGCCAGUAUCAACACACAUCUUGGAAUUGAACAAAGUCGACGAGAUGAUAUGGAGUCAUUAGGGUAUGUUUUCAUGUACUUUUUACGUGGGAGCUUGCCAUGGCAGGGACUGAAGGCGGCAACAAAACGACAGAAGUAUGAGAGAAUCAGUGAAAAGAAAAUGUCCACUCCUAUAGAGGAGCUCUGUAAAGGAUUCCCAUCGGAAUUUGCCACCUACCUGAAUUUUUGUCGGUCUUUACGGUUUGAUGACAAACCUGAUUACUCCUACCUUCGACAGCUCUUCAGAAAUUUGUUCCAUAGACAAGGAUUCACCUAUGAUUAUGUCUUUGAUUGGAAUAUGCUCAAAUUUGGAACUGGUCGCAACAGUGAUGUAGAUGAUCGACAGAAAGUGAGUUCAUCAGCACGUCCACUGCAUGGUACAGCUGUGCCUGGUGGUCGAAUGAGAGGUGAACAGAUGCCAGGACCAGGCACAACACCACCUGGGGACUUCACAAAUGUGCGAGCGUCUUCCUCACGCACAAGGGAAAGAAUGCCAACUCGCCUAUCGUUGGCCACCCGUGGGCAAGAGUCGAACGCUGAUGUGGUUGUUACAGACAGUAAGAUAAGUGAGAGUAGACUCGCUACUCCAUCUUCAGGGGGAAGGAUAAGCUUUAAGGGCUCUAGCUUGCCGAUCCCUGUAGGGAACCCCAGUGACAGUGCCAAACUCCGCCGCAUAAUGCAGGAUACACGCCCCCACAAUGUUCAGCUGAAGCCCAGACAAACUUGAGAGAUUUUUUGUGGUGUUCAGGUCGGAGGAUAUUCUGAUGUGUGUGCCCAUCCUCUUGGCAGUGAAAUAAUUUUAUUGGCAAGAGGAAAAUACAUGUGGCCUUUAGGAAAGUGUGGUUUGCCACCAAGUUUAGUUAUUGAUAUGUACAAAUAUACACAGAUGAUGUAUAGAAAUUGAAAUAUACAUGUGUGUAAUGUGUGGACUGAGAGAAGUAUGGUAUUGUGUUAUGUAGUUUAUGCUAAUUUGGAUCUAGUCAAAUUGUUAAUGAUGUAUGUUUGUGUACAUGCACACACAUCACUAGUGGCAUUUUUGGUGCUCUUGUACAACAUUCAUCAACAAUAGUUUCCCUCAGAUGUUCAGUGAAGCCAUGAAACUUGAUGAGUUGUUCCAAUCACCAGAAUUUCUUCAUGAAUCAUUAGUAUUUAUCAUGAAUGGAUAAUUAUUUCUGUGCACAAUGUACUUUGAGUUGCAGUGUGUUGUGCUAAGUACAUCACCUGAAUAAAUAGGAUUAGUUUAAGUUUCUAACAUUUACUUAGAUAUAGCUGAUUUAAUUCUUCCCUCUUUCAAUCUUAGUUGUGAUUCCCAAAAGUGUCAGGAAAAUCUCUUGACUUGUAUAAGAAGUGUACACGGCAUCUUAGAUUGGGUAAUAGUAUUGAUGUCUUAAAACAGCAGACAGAAGUCUAUGUCUUUAAAGAAAAUGGAUACAGAGAGCUGAAGUGCUAAGAAAAAUAUAAACUUACCAUACUGGUAAAUUUCAUUCAUUUAGUAUUUUUAAGCUUUUUAAUGAACUGUAAUCUGUGUCCCUCACAUAGUUAAUGAGUGAUAAUUUCUGACCGUCUGUCAUAUAAUGCUGUGGUUAUCCAAUUGUGAACAGCUUUAAAUAUUUGUUACAAUAUACUCUCCACCAAAGCUGAUGUAUGAAUAGAUAGGGGUGAAAACAAGAUUCCAUUUUCUCUACUACGUUUUAAUACAGAAUUUACUGGUACAAGUGUAAACAUCUAAUCAUAAAUGUGGAGCACAGUAAUAUAUAUCAGACUAUGGAGAAACGUCAUUGAUAGUUUAUUGGCAGAUUCCUUACAUAGCAGAAAUUAUGAUCUAAAAUAAAUACUAUUGAAUAGCAAAAUAAUUUGCUAUCUAGAAUAAAACUGAAAAGAGUGACUAGUCCAAACGUUUAGCUUGACAAACUGAUUGUAAUUAGCUAAAAGAUGUUUUACUCUAUAAAUGACACAGCCAGUCCAUUGCUAGGGUCCAGGUAUUGUUUACACAAUUUUGAUACUGUGAAGAUUUAAAAGUUCAAAGGGGAAACCCUAUAGUGAGUGUGAUAUGAUUUCUAUUAUAAGUUAGCUAUGUACUGUAAAUCACUUAGAUUUUGCUAAUGCUUUAUAUCUCGAUCUCAUCUAUGCAGACAUAUUCACAAAAAGAUGAAAUCAGGAAUGCUGAACUAGAAAUGACUGAAUUCGUAAAUAGCUGUUCGAGACAUGGCCGCGGAAACUGUUAGCUUCAAAAUGGCCGCCAUUGAGCUAAAUAAAGUCACGUUACUAUACCUGAAAAGUGAUUCGGACAUGUGAUACAUGCUGUGUAAAUACUGAAUUAUAUCUGCUGGAGUAUUGGCUAGUAUGUAGACAAAGAAACAAACAUGAAAGCUUCACAUGCUUUUUGUUUAGAGAGUGGGAUGACAGGACUUAAAUAUGCCAGACGUGCUGGUGCAGUUUUAAAUGUACAAUCAUGUUUAUAGUAAUUAUACAAUAGUCAUCAUGACGGUUUACCUACUUUACAAUUCAAUAAACUCUGUUAUUAUAAAUAUUUUAUCACUUUUCGAACAAACAAAGAUAUAGCAUUGAGUAAAUAUAUGUCUUGCAGAUUUGUUUGUGAUGCUACAAUAAGGUAUAAAUACUUUCAACAGAUGUGUCUGUAAAAGCAAGAUGAUGACUGCAUAGCAAGGAUGUCAUUAAUAGUGUCAUUUAAAUAAUCUCAGAAGAAAUUUUUAGUCACGAUUGGCCCUCCUUGUGUAUUAAUGUGAAAAUAAAUCCCAUGCAAAAUGUAAGUGAUUUACAGUUAUAUAGGUGAUAGAAGCUGGUACAACAUCACUUAUGGUGUAGUAUUUAAUAAUGUAUUGAAUAGAUUGUUAUAUUUGGAUGAAGUAAUCAUUAAAUUUGGUCUGCUAAACAUUGUUACUGUGCUGAUUCCUAUCAUUUCCCAUUUGUUUGUACUUGACUUUAGCCUGCUAGCUACCCAUUUAUUGUCAAACAUGGCAAUAUUCAUCCAGUUGCUUCAUUUGUCAUCACAUUUACCCAUGCUCAGUUCUGUUUGAUUCCUGUUUCACCAGAUUCUGUUGACUAUAUAUGUAUAUAUAUAUUUAUAUCUAUGUAAUACCAGGUUUGGCAAGCUCAGAUUGAUCAUCUGUGUUCCACCAGAUUCUGUCAGCUAUCUAUAUUUACAUUCAUGUUAACAUUCAGGUAAUACCAAGCUCGGCUAGCUCUGAUUGGUUAUCUGUAUUCCACCAGAUUCUCUCAAGUAUCACCAUUUACAUCCAUGUAAUACCAGGCUUUGCAGGCUGUGGUUGAUCAUUUGUUUCGCCAGAUUCCAUCAAAAAUCUAUAUUUACAUCCAUGUAAUACCAGGAUUGGCUAGCUGUGUUUGUUCAUUUGUCUUUAUCUAUAGCACCAGGCUUGCGUAUAUAUAUCAUGCUUCACAAGACUUCCUCAUCUUGUGAACAGUGACAGUUUAUUUACCAUCCUCAUCAACCUCAUGUUGUUGGAUACCUUUGUCACUUUGAAGAGCUAUGGCCUGCAUUAUAGAUAUCAUGACAUAUCAACAGAUAUUGACACUGUUUUCAAAUACUCUGAAUGCUAACCAAUUCAACACAAUUUGUAAAAUUUAUUUCCACAGUGAGCUGAAGUUCUGUACAGCAAAAAUGUUGUUCUAAAUUGGUUUUGUAGUCGGCUCUUCUGCUUUUUAUUUGUUGUUUCUGUGACUGAGCCAGUCAUUCCCCAGCUGUCACCAUAUUUUUCAUUUUAUGUGUUGGUUCUUGACUGUGUAAGGUAAGAUCUCUGUAAGACUAUGAGCUGGUUUUAUGCUGGAAUCAGAUAUGAUUUUUACACAUUUAAGAUUUAUAUGGUUAACCUUAGUAGUUAAGGAUAUACAUAUUGUAGUCGAUGAUGAGAGUAAAUUAUAGCUUUCUAGGCAGAUUAAUUAAUCAUUAGUUAGAACUGGCCCAUUAUAGACAGUUAUAACAAGAAAGAAUUAAUGAAUCAUAUAGAGGGUAAGUACAGAACAAAAUUCAUUUAAAAACAUGUUCACAUACAAAAUCAAAACAUUGUCCAUAGUCAUAUUGAUAGGUAGAAUGUAAAUGGACAGGAUGUGUUUAAUGUAAAUGAUGGAACAAAUGGAAAAAAUAAAAGUUGUUGAAGUA